AAUAUUUGUUUAAUUUCCAUUGAUAAUAAUACCCAGGCUUGAAAAUAGGAUGAUAGAAUUUGUUUAAAAAUUAAAAUUGAUUCAUCAACAGAGCCGUUUGCAGUAAGUCUGGAUAAAGAAGACGUUUCGUCCAUUCCGUUUCGAAACUCUGCGGAGGAAAAUUGCCCGUCCCCCAGUGCCUUUACGUCUAAAAGAAGUCUGUUUUGAGCGAGCUGCUUCGCCCGCCGGACAGGACGCCGUCGUCGUCUUCUUCACCGCCGUCACUGUAGCCGUCGAGGUCGCGAUGCUAUUACGGAGUAGUUCGGAGUCGCGAGGAGGAGGGCGAGAAGAGAGCCAGAGCCGCCGGCGGUGAGAGAGAGAGAUGGGCAACAAGAUCGCGCGCACGACGCAGGCGUCGGCCUCCGAGUACUACCUCCACGACCUGCCUUCCUCCUACAACCUGGUGCUGAAGGAGGUGCUUGGCCGCGGCCGUUUCUUCAAGUCCAUCCAGUGCAAGCACGAUGAGGGCCUCGUCCUCGUCAAAGUCUACUUCAAGCGCGGCGAUUUCAUCGAUCUUAGGGAUUACGAGCGCCGCCUCUCCCAAAUCAGAGAUAUCUUCCGUGCUCUCGACCACCCCCACGUCUGGCCUUUCCAGUUUUGGCUUGAAACCGAUAAAGCGGCUUAUCUUUUAAGGCAAUACUUCUUCAACAAUCUGCACGACCGGUUGGGUACGCGGCCUUUCCUCAGUCUGGUGGAGAAGAAAUGGUUGGCUUUUCAGCUACUGUAUGCUGUUAAACAGAGCCAUGAAAAUGGAGUUUGUCACGGUGACAUUAAGUGCGAGAAUGUCCUGGUCACUUCCUGGAAUUGGCUAUACCUCGCUGACUUUGCAUCAUUUAAACCCACUUACAUUCCCCAUGAUGAUCCCUCAGAUUUCUCAUUUUUCUUUGACACCGGAGGAAGAAGGCUCUGUUAUCUCGCACCGGAGAGAUUUUAUGAGCAUGGGGGUGAGAUGCAAGUAGCUCAAGAUGCACCCUUAAAGCCAUCCAUGGACAUCUUUGCCGUAGGGUGUGUAAUAGCAGAACUCUUUCUUGAGGGUCAGCCACUCUUUGAACUAUCCCAGCUACUUGCCUAUCGUAGAGGGCAAUAUGAUCCUAGCCAACAUCUUGAGAAGAUUCGAGAUUCUGGAAUCCGCCAGAUGAUUCUUCAUAUGAUUCAGUUGGAUCCAGAGUUACGACUCUCUGCUGACAGCUACCUGCAGAGCUAUGCAGCUGUUGUUUUUCCGACGUAUUUCUCGCCAUUUCUGCAUAAUUUUUAUUCGUGCUUGAAUCCUCUUGAUUCUGAUACAAGGGUUGCUGUGUGCCAGAGUGCCUUUCACGAGAUACAUAAACAAAUGAUGAGUAACAAGUCAAGUGAGGAGAUUAGCGCUGAAUUAGGUACACCUUCAAUUGCCGUAAGUAUUAGAUCAUCACAGGCUAUUGAUUUGAAACAGAACUUGAGGUUGACAAAGGACUCCUUGAGAAGAAGAGAAGAGCUAGAGAAAGGCAUAAUAUGUGAUCAGUUCAAACUUCUUGGUGAUAUCAAUACCCUACUUAGGGAUGUUAAACAAACUAACCAUCCUUUUGGUGCAAAGAAAAUGCUGAUAGAAGCUACUGAUGCUGCAUUUUCCCAAAACCACAAACAUUGUGGCAUGCAAUCCUCUGGUGAAUUUCUUCAAACUAUUUCCAGUGCAUGUAAAAGAAAUGAUCACCCCUUCCUGAAAAAGAUUACAAUGAAUGAUUUGAAUUCAUUGAUGUCUGAGUAUGACAGCCAGUCAGAUACUUUUGGUAUUCCUUUCUUACCCUUACCUCAAGAUAAUAUGAGCUGUGAAGGUAUGGUUCUUAUUGCUUCACUGCUUUGCUCCUGCAUACGCAAUGUGAAGUUGCCUCACUUGAGGAGGGGGGCAAUACUUCUGUUGAAGUCUUCUUCUUUAUAUAUUAAUGAUGAAGAUCGCUUACAGCGUGUGCUUCCUUAUGUAAUUGCAAUGCUUUCUGAUUCAGCUGCAAUUGUGCGUUGUGCUGCCUUAGAGGCUUUGUGUGACAUUCUACCUUUAGUCCGAGAUUUUCCUCCCAGCGAUGCAAAAAUUUUUCCAGAGUAUAUUCUACCUAUGCUUUCCAUGCUUCCUGAUGAUCCAGAAGAAAGUGUGAGGAUAUGUUAUGCGAGCAAUAUUUCAAAACUUGCACUAACUGCUUACGGAUUCUUGAUUCACUCAAUAAGCUUGAGUGAGGCAGGGGUUCUUGACGAAAUGAGUUUGCCUCAGAAGUCAUUGACACCAUCCAUUGAAACAUCUGGACGUCUGCAGAGGCUUAACUCUGAUGCACAGCUUGCACAGUUGAGGAAGUCCAUAGCUGAGGUUGUCCAGGAACUUGUAAUGGGUCCAAAGCAAACUCCAAAUAUCAGGAGAGCACUUUUACAAGAUAUUGGCAACCUGUGCUGCUUUUUUGGCCAGAGACAGAGUAAUGACUUUGUAUUGCCUAUUCUUCCUGCUUUUCUUAAUGAUAGACAUGAGCAGCUAAGGGCCAUUUUCUAUGGGCAGAUUGUUUAUGUUUGUUUCUUUGUGGGCCAAAGAAGUGUGGAAGAAUAUCUUUUACCUUACAUUGAGCAGGCUUUAAAUGAUGCGACAGAGGCCGUAAUUGUCAAUGCUUUGGAUUGCUUAGCUAUUCUAUGUAGAAGUGGUUUCUUGCGGAAAAGGAUACUGCUUGAAAUGAUAGAGCGUGCCUUUUUAUUGUUGUGUUAUCCCAGCCAGUGGGUAAGAAGGUCAGCUGUUGCCUUCAUUGCUGCUAGUAGUGAGAGUUUAGGAGCUGUGGAUUCCUAUGUUUUCCUUGCCCCAGUCAUUCGUCCUUUCCUGCGCAGACAACCAGCAUCGCUUGCUUCAGAGAAGGCUCUGCUUUCAUGUCUAAAGCCUCCAGCCUCAAGGCAGCUAUUUUACCAAGUCUUGGACAAUGCCAGGAGUUCAGACAUGUUAGAGAGGCAGAGAAAGAUAUGGUACAAUCCAUCGGCACAGUUCAAGCAAUGGGAGACUAUGGAUUUGCAUACGAAAGAAGCUGGGGAGUUGAAUUCUUUGAAGAUCUGGCCUGACAAGAAGCAUGAUCUUCAGGGUCAAAAACGUCUUGGUAGUGGGAUGCAACAGCUGGAUUCAAAUGAAUGCAGUGAUGGAGAGGCUAAGAUGAGAGCUAUUGAAAACUUUAUACAUAAUUCUUCUAGCACAGUUAACAUUAAUGAUCCCAGCUCAGAGAAGUUACAGUUCUCUGGCUUUAUGUCUCCAUAUGUUAGUGGUCUGAACAGCUACACGGGUGAUAAAUCAUCAGAAGGCAUACCUUUGUACUCCUUUAGCAUUGACAAACGAGGGGUUGGAACUCCUCCUGCAGCAUCUGAUUCUUCAUUACAGUUGAACUCUCAUGGAAUUAGUUCAUCAUCCAUGCCUUGGAUAGAUUCAGUUAAUAAGCCAUUUAGCUUGGCUAGCUCUGUCCCAGCACCUAAGCUUAUUUCUGGUUCAUUUAGCAUCACUAAUGGUUCUAAGCAGUUUUACAGAGUGGUACAUGAACCAGAAGGCAGGGAAAAUGAUCAGACUUAUAUCAAUAGUAAGAUACAGGAUAUGGGAAUUUCUGGCACUAGUAAAGGAAGUUCUGUUACUUUGGAAGAUGCGUCCGCCCCAAAUGAUGUAGCAGGAUUGCAGUCUUUUGCUAGAACAUCAUCAAUGCCAGAUUCAGGAUGGAGGCCUCGUGGGGUUUUGGUUGCACACCUUCAGGAGCAUCGGUCUUCUGUUAACGACAUUGCCAUUUCAACCGACCAUAGUUUUUUUGUUAGUGCUUCUGAUGAUUCGACUGUCAAGGUCUGGGAUUCAAGAAAACUGGAAAAAGACAUCUCAUUUAGAUCAAGGCUUACUUACUCACUGGAGGGUAGCCGGGCACUCUGCACUGCUAUGCUCCGGGGCUCCACUCAAGUCAUUGUUGGAGCAUGUGAUGGUGUGAUACAUUUGUUCUCGGUUGAUUACAUCUCCAGAGGGCUUGGAAAUGUUGUUGAGAAGUACUCAGGUAUUGCUGAUAUUAAAAGGAAGGAUGUUGGUGAAGGUGCCAUACUGAGUUUAUUGAACUACUCUUCUGAUGGUUGUACCAAUCAGAUGGUUAUGUACAGCACCAAAAAUUGUGGGAUCCAUCUCUGGGAUACAAGGACAAAUUCAAAUGCAUGGACACUGAAGGCAAUUCCUGAGGAAGGCUAUGUAUCAUCUAUGAUAGUAGGCCCUUGCGGGAAUUGGUUUGUGUCAGGUUCUUCAAGGGGUGUGCUUACUCUUUGGGAUCUAAGAUUCCUUUUACCUGUAAACUCAUGGCAAUAUUCUCUUGUAUGCCCCAUAGACAGAUUGUGCCUUUUUGUUCCUCCUCCGAAUGCCUCUGUAUCUACUACAGCAAGGCCCUUAGUUUAUGUUGCUGCUGGUUGUAAUGAGGUUUCUCUCUGGAAUGCUGAGAAUGGGAGUUGUCACCAGGUAUUUAGAGUGGCAAAUAAUGAUAGUGAUGGUGAAACUUCUGACCUGCCAUGGGCUUUAGCAAGGCCAUCUAGUAAGCCAAAUUCAAAACCAGAUCUAAGACGAAAUGUCAAUCCAAAGUACAGAGUUGAUGAGCUUAAUGAACCUCCUCCUCGUCUUGCUGGUAUCCGUGCAUUGCUUCCCUUGCCUGGGGGGGAUUUAUUAACAGGGAGUACCGAUUUGAAGAUACGCCGCUGGGACCAUUGCAGUCCUGAUAGAAGUUAUUGUAUAUGUGGACCAUCCGUAAAGGGAGUUGGAAAUGAUGAUUUCUAUGAAACACGGUCUAGUUUUGGGGUGCAAGUUGUGCAGGAAACAAAGAGACGGCCUCUGACAACCAAGUUGACAGCCAAGGCUGUUCUUGCAGCUGCUGCCACUGAUUCUGCAGGUUGUCACCGUGAUUCUAUUCUUGCUUUGGCUUCUGUAAAGUUAAACCAGAGACUCUUGAUUUCAAGCAGUAGAGAUGGGGCUAUCAAGGUUUGGAAGUAGAGGUUAAGCGUAUGGGUGACAUAUUGUACAUAGUGCCAAUGUUAGUUGAAAUUGUAUAUUACAUGUUAAAACAGAAUGUUGAAAAGUUUUCAGAUCAUUAAAUGUCUGAUCACUUGCAUAAUUUCUUAUAUGUACCCCUGCAUUAUUUGUACAGCAUGAAAUGAUUUAUGGAUAAAUGGGAGUAUUUUUAGAUGUUUAUAAGUUAUAAUAUUUUAUUUCCAUUUUCCAUUGA